AGAGAGCAAUAGAGAUGUGUAUGUUAUGUGUAUGUAUGUGUGUGUAUGUGUGUGUUGAGCUCCGGGAGAGGAGCAGAGAGAGUAAAUGAGUGAGCGUUCAUCCAAUCCUGCAAUGAGUGUAUAGUAAAACUGUAUAUACAGUGUGUGACUGUGUAUUGACUGUGAGUUGCAUUAAGCAGUCAUUCAAGUUUGAGUGACGUCUCUGUGCUGUGCAAUGCAUUGAAAACAUUGUUCAAUCAUAUAGUAAGCGGAAAAAUGUGAGUUUACUUCACUUCAUCAACACAUCAAAUGUUAUAACAAACUUAGUCCUCAAUUCAUCACUAACUGAGUCCCACUCCAACUCCAAUACAUAUACCUAUUAUUUGAUGAUACCAUCACAUCGACCAGUGCUUCAAAUAUGGCUAAAAGGAAACAUAGGAUCACUAGAAGUAUGGCUAAGAAUACCAUCAAAGGUUCAAUGAGCGACACUAAAGACAAUCAUACAAAUCAUACAAACUAUACAAACAUUGAGUCGAUUACUAAUAGGAAAAUCAUUAAAACUACAAACAAAUGUAAAACACAUUUACUGGACAACAAUCAACUGACACAAGACAUGCAACGAAUCGACUGUGAUAUACAACGGGACCAACAAAUGUGUGCGACUAAUGAUAACAACAUAUCCAACACUUGUACCACUUCUGUUAACACAGACAAUCACUCUAAUAGUUCCAAUGCCUUAAACAUGUUGACCAAUGAGGACAACAUAAAUAUCAAGAAUAAUAAUAGCAAACUAAAUGUGGAUUCAAAUAAAACUGAUGACAAAAAUACUAUUAAUAAUGAGAUGUCUUCAAAAUGCAAGAAUAAUACUGUUUUAAACGAUUCAAAUAACGAAUGCAAAGCUUAUGCUCUCAAUAAUGAUAACCCAAACAAAGCAAACAAUGAAUUAAAAGUUGAGGACGGUAAUGAUGGACCAAAUGAGCUGUACAAGUGUCCGGUAUGUGAUCUCAAGUUGGACUCUCAGCACACGUUUACUAUACAUAUCCGUCAGCACAACCCUUCAGAUCAUUCGCAUACGUGUAGACUCUGUGGUAAAACAUUAAGUUCUGCCAGUUCUCUAGACAGACAUAUGCUCAUCCAUUCAGGUGAACGGCCUUUCAAAUGUCGUAUCUGUAAUAUGGCAUUCACUACCAAUGGUAAUAUGCACAGACAUAUGAGAACUCAUAGCGCAGAUAACCAUAAUAAUGAGUCUCGUGGCACAGACACCAAUAAGUUGGUUAAAUCUAAGAAACGCAAAGUGAGUGAUGAAGAAAAUAGAGAAGACAUAACUAAGUUAUCACCUAAAAAGCGUAACUCUGAUGUUGGAACAGAUCUAACUGUUCCAAAAGCAAACAGCAAUAUAAUCAAAAAUACAGAGAUAUAUUGUCCAAUAUGCCAGAAGUCAAUGCCAUCAGUGGCUGCAUUGCACACUCAUAUGGAGGAUCAUCCUAACGAUGCAAUAUGUUGUCGUGACUGUGGUAUGAUUGUCAACAAUUAUGCUACUUAUACACAACAUCGAUGCACUGUCACUACCGAUAGUCCCACUAAUUUGUCAGCAAAUCGUAUGAACUUUACGAGUGCGCCUUCAAUCGGUUUCUAUGAUCUCAGUUUUACUGACUUUACAUCCAAGAAGUUUUCAAUGAUAGCCAAAUCAUUUUGCGAACAUAAUCUUCGUAAAGCCAGCAGUCCUUACCACGACUUCGAGUGUGACAAAUGCAAGAGAGCUUUUCCAUCUGCCAGUGCUCUCACUCUUCAUGAAUCUACACAUAGCAGUCAAACUUAUUGUCACUUAUGUCAACGCGACUUAAUAACACCCGAUCAUUAUUUGUCGCAUCAAAUUAAACAUCGAUACGAUUAUCCAAUAUCUUUAUCGGUAACGACUUCUAUACCACAACCUCUUGGAUUGAAAUCAGGAGACGUUCCACAUUCAGACAAAGAAGACUUUUUGGCAUUACUUGAUCUUCAAAAUAAAGGAACGCAAUUAAAUUCAAUUGGAACUAAUUAUAAGUUUAACAGAAAUGAAGAUACAUUUGAUAACAACUCUUAUUACAUUCAUGCGAAGCCAUUCCCACAAACAGUUAAUCAAUUUCUACCAAAAGUUAUUAAUGGCAAUGAAAGUGAAUCAAAUAAACACGAUUUGGCUGAUAUUCAAUCAAUUAUAUCAGUAACCAGUUCUGCUGCUCCAUUAAUGUCAACCAUCCGAUCCUCACCUCCAGCGGCUUCUCCCGCAUCACCCGUUCAUUUGGGUAUAAGUGGUACACAACCCGAUUCACCAGUAGCGGCCGACUCGGCUAAUGCAAGUCCUAAUACUCCAUCCAAUAAUUGCAAUAAAAUAGAAACCGAUGAGAAGUCAUCAGAAAUGCUUGAAUCCAAUGAUAAGACAUCACCAAUAAUAUCUGAAAAGGAAGAAUCAAUAUUUAAGUGUAACAAAUGUUCGCUUAUGUUUAAGACAUCAAAUGCAUUGAAGCGCCACAAUCGGGGGCACACACAGGGCGGCCACUCAUAUGCCUGUCAUCUCUGUCCGUAUACCAGUCUUGAUAAAAGCACUUUAGUCCGACACUUACGGACGCACAACGGCGAGAGGCCCUUCCAGUGCGCUAUUUGUAAGUAUGCCUUCACUACUAAAGCCAAUUGCGAGCGUCACGUCAGAAAACGCCACAAAAAAAUACAGAAGCAUGAGAUCCGCAAUUCAAUGCAAUACAAUUCAAAUAUGUCGACCACUACAACAUUGUCUUAUCAGAAUCUGACCAAAACAGAGUCUAAUCCGUCCCUAUCACCGACAAGUGAUUCAUUUCCCGGUGGUUUUGAUACAGUUUGCAAAUAUUGUAACGUAGACUUCAAAUUCAAUCGAGUUCUUAGACAUCAUUUGAGAUCUCUUCACAAUAGCUGUAGUCGAAAGCCUUAUUGUUGUACUAUUUGUAAAUUGGGAUUCAGUACCAAAAAUAAUUGUAUCCGACAUGUAGUCAAACAACACCCAGAAUUAAGAGAAAAACUUUCCUCAAUUGUUUUCGCCAACUCUUCAGCAAUAGGUUUGAAUAGUGAUAAUUCUGAGUCUGAAUCAGUAUAUCGAGAUUCACCAGAUAUGUCAUCAAAUCUGAUGAAAGAUUCAACAAAUUCAUCAAAUGAUAAUUCAAUGAGUGGUAGUUUUAGAGAUACAUCAACAAUGUCUGACUUAACCGCAUCACAACAUCAUUCAAGUUUAGCCGCUUUGUGUCAAAUUGCAAAAAAUGUUUCUGUAGAUAAUGACAAACCAAUUAAUUUGGCACUGAAUUCAAACAAUAAUUUAGAAGAUGAAGACCCUGAUGGCAGUGGAUAUGAAGACGAACCGUUAAAUUUGGCUAAUCAUUCAAACGAAGAACAACCACUAGACUUAGCUGUUCACGCACUUGACUUGAGUUGUAAAUCUAAUUAUUCCAAUAAGACAUCAGACAAAAGCAAUGAUGAUAUCAAACAAGUUAAUGAUGCCGUCCGGACAGCGGCUUCAAGUUUACUGGCUUUGCGCUCAAUGACUACAUCUACUGUUUUCCCUUCAAGUUUGGCUAAUUUUGUUCCCACCUCUGGUAUUCAGACAUCAUUUUUUCAUUCAUCAGGUUUAUCAAUAGCCGCACCACUACCAGCUCACUCAUCACCUCCGAUACCAAUUUUAUCUCCUAAUUCUUGCACAUCAAUUGACGACGUUUACAAAAUGACUACUUUUCGCAUUUCAAAGAAUCGUCUUCUGCCAAGAAAUGAAAGAAGUUUUACUUGUGUUUAUUGUUCGGCCGGUUUUACGCUUAAGUCAAAUAUGGAAAGACAUAUAAAACGAAAGCAUCCAGAGUUUGCAAGACCACCAAGAAGUCGAGGACAGUCCACUAUUUCACAUCAACAAUCAAAUACUUCAACUAACAACACACAGAUUCAAUCAAAUCACUCACUUUUGUCUAAAUCAAAUAAUACAACCCUUUCUAGUAAGACAAGGGUUGCUUUAAGAGCUGUUCUUAGCAAUAAAGUGAUGGGUUCUUCAGUAGCUAAUUGUGAUUUAUUCAAUCAUAAAAACAAUGAAGAAAAUAGCGAUAAUACGGGUGAUUUAGCCAGUGUUUCGUCACUCAUUGAUCAUUCAGCUAACUCUUCAAAUGCUUUAAAACAAUAUUUCAAUAAACCUAACGAAGAUAUAGAAACAAAUGGAGAAAUGACUGCAAACUUGAGUAUAACUGAUCCUAAAACUAAAACAAUCCGUCCAAAUGACAUAAAUGAGAAGAUAUUUCUUAAGAAUGACAAAGAAAUAAAUAAUAAUAAUAAUGAAUUGGAAGAAACUAAUAGUAAUACUAAUGCCGUAACUAAGAAACGAAGUGCCUAUACUGACUCACCCAACAGUGUUUCGUGUCCAUACUGUUCCCGCAAGUUUCCGUGGACCAGUAGCUUAAGACGGCAUAUACUCACUCAUACAGGACUUAAGCCAUACAAGUGUCCCAAAUGUCCCAUUCUUUUCACUACAAAAUCCAAUUGUGAGCGACAUUUGGUCCGAAAACAUAACGGCAAAGAAAAACGAACUUUUGUAGAACAUUCAUCCGUUCCUCACGAGACCAAGUCUUACAAAUGUAAUGUCUGUCCCAACAGCGUAUUCUCAACACAUGGAAACCUAAGAAAACAUCAAUAUUUAAGACAUUGGACUAAAAAUAACAAACAAAGCAAUAAUUUAUUUAAAAAUAUUAAAGAAGAUAAAAAUGAUGAUAAUAUUGAUGAAGAAACAAAUGAAGUAAUUGAUGGAAAUUUAAAUGAAAUGUCUCUAACAGAAGAUAAUGGAAACCAUUUCAACUUUAAAUGCUAUUUAUGCGAUACAUCUUUCAAUAGUCGAUUAAAGUGCCUCAAACACAUCCAAUCCUGCCAUUCAAUUGAUUAUGAAAUCCUCAAAUCCAAAGGUGCUGUCGAUAAGGUGCCCAUCAAUGACACACAAAUCUUGUCUACAGUUGACAAUCAACACGACGAUUAUGAAUCUUAUAAUGAACACAAAAUAUUAUGUGUGUUCUGUCCGCGACAGUUCACUCUUAUGGAUAAUUUGCGAAGACAUAUGAGAGUCCAUUUAGGAGAGCGUCCAUUCAAGUGUACUCUCUGUACCAAAAGAUUUUCACUCAAAAAUAGUCUUCUUCGACACCAUAGAAGCAAUCAUCCGGAGAGUGAGUUAUUGUUAAAGACUAAAACUAAGUCAAAGCAAUCAAAUAAUCCAUCCGUUUCUUCGAUAUCUAUGCUUCAAGAGAAUGAUACUCAUAGUUUGGCUAAAGGAUUAAAAUCUAAAGCGAAUUGCAAUUCUUUAUUGUAUUUGUAUCCAAAAGAAAGUGUUCAACAAAUGGAUAACAGAUUCGCACAAAAUAGUAAUGAAAUGGAAGACAAUAAUGAAGAUGGAAGUGAUCUCAUUCAAAAUCUUUUGGGUCUUCAGGACUCCAAGAUUUUAGAUGACUUACUUGAUUCCGGUGCUGACUCUGCGGCCCGUAUUUUAGGCGUUAAAGAUUUAGCCUAAUGUGUAAAUUGUUUGAUCGAAAUAUUUUAUAUAACUAAAUGAAUAUAACUGUAAUACAAUUUGAAACUGAAUUAUUUAAGCAAAUUAUUGUAUAUAAAUACCAUUUAAAUUAUAUUGUCGUUUCAUCAUAAAUAGCACAUGAAUUCAAUGAUAUAUUAAUUAUGAAACAUAAUACUAUGUAAUAAUGUAAUUAUAACUAUAUUAUAUCACUAACUAUGCACUCAGUAAUUUCAAUCAUAAAGUGAAACAACAUUUAAGCAAACUAUUU